AUGUUGUCCUUUCUGGAUCGCUCGGGCUUCUUUCACAAUAAAGCCAUCUUUGAAACUCUUCUCACAAAACAUGGCAUCAAAGCCUCACGAAUAACUUCCAUGAUAAAUGCGGAAAAUACUGCUGAGGGAAAAGACAAGAUACUCCCAUUCCGAAAGGUGAGAAUUGCUGGAAAGAAAGAGGCUAUCCUGAAACAAAAGUGUACCGAGUCAUUGUUUUUAAAUAAGAAUUUUGUCCCAAACGAUAAUAGUGUGCUUCUUCCGAAUUCGUUGAAUAAUUUAAAGUUGAAUGGAAUAGAAGGUCCUGAUGCUUCAUCAUAUUAUGAUAUCAAUCAAAUAUGGACAGACAAAAAUAAUCAUGCCUCAAAACACACUCUUUCGGAUGAUGAAUUGCAAUACAUUUUCAAACAAGUGAAUAGUGUUAUUUCGGAAAAUCAAUUGAUAUUUUUCAGGGAUUUACUAAUGUCACUGAAAUACUAUUAUGAUGAUGGAACUGGUAUCAGUGCACCACAACUGUUUCACAAAGCAAGGUAUUUUAUUGGAACGGAUAGAAUGUUUAAAGUACCAGCGCAAGUGAAAGUAAUCAAUGCUAAACAAUCAGGAGGUUUUGAAGCCAAAGAACCAACCCAAAAAUCAAUUGAGGAUUCAUAUGUUUACGAUAUUGACUUGGAAUUGUAUAUCGAACCAAAGUUGAUUGAUAAGAGUUUAGAAACAGAAAGAGAGGUCGAAGGAUGUCUAAGUUUUAAAAAUGAGUAUUUGUUUUUGUUGAGAAGUAAGGAAAUUGAGAUUGAAUAUAUCAAUAUUUUUGGAGAACGAAAGAGAAAAACACUUGAAGGCUUUGCUGCUCGUGUCUUCCAACAUGAAUACGAUCAUUUAGAUGGCAUUAAUAUGUUCGAGCGAAUUAUUGACAAGAAAAAAGACAAGUAUGUCUAUGGAGAAGAUAUCUACAACUACUUGGAUGAAAUGGGCAACUUGCGAGAAGAAUUCAAAUAA